AUGCUGAGACAUUCACUGCAGCGAGGGUCACCUGAUCCUUUGACUCGAAAUCUGAGAAGUUGGUCGAGAAUCGGGGACCCUGCCAGCGAGACGGCGGCGGGCAGCAGCGCCAAUCCAGCAGAGGACCAGACAUCGGGCUCGCAGCUAGUGUCUUCUCAUUUCAGCAACCAUGCCAACGACCUCACUAUCGUUGGCGAUGCUCCCUCAGCAAGUGUGACUGAAGACUUGGUCACUAAGCUGCUAGGAGCACUAUCUGCAAAAGGGGAGGUUCUGGGAGAUUCCUACAGUCGGCUGAAGACUUUGGCCACCGACUUCAGCUCUCUAAGUAUCGAGGAGGUACUGCGCCGCCUAGUCGGUAUGUUCGUGGACGGCGUGCUAUCGAGCGCACAAGUAGUUGUGGAUGCAUUGAUUGAUUUCAUCCAAAGCUUUGCCGAUAAGGGCAUGUCCCUGUUGGACACCAAGCUCCAUAUCCCCGUUAUCUCCGACAUCUUGAAUCUCCUGGGAGUCCCCGAUAUCUAUUUCUUGGAUAUUUUUAUGUGGAUUGGACCUGUCGCCUAUACCGUCGUGUACAAAUUGAUACACAACGAACCCCCUUUGCCCGACGAUGACACCUCUGCUGCUCUCAUCGCAGCCAGCAGCUGGGACGAGUUGGAACAGCUAUUUUUGUCAACAGUAACUCCUCCGCGCGCGCUCUCCCAAACCACUCAGCAGUCAAUUUACGUGUACACAAAUGCCAUGAGCGGAAUGGUACUGUUCAUCGGCAACAUCGCCCUGUUCAUGGAGGCUCAGGCACCCUCAGCGGGUUGUUGUGGCAAGCGUGGGAGCCAGCAACCUCCUGGCACCCAAGGAUCCCAUCCAGGACUCAGCUUCCUUGGAUUCACACCCGUCUAUGGCAAGCUUGCGGCUACCACGAGCAACUUCCCCGAUUUGCUACCGAGUGAUGGGCGGGCAGUGGGUGCUGUCUUCAAGGCACUUCUCCUUAUUCCCAAGUUGAUGUCUACGUCGUACCAUCUGUAUGAACUUACCAGCGAAGAGGCUGGUGCGACGCAAUCUGCAGCUAUCGUGGGCGAGGUAGCGUGUCAAACCGGGGCUGUAUUUCAAGUCUCGUAUGCGGCUGCAGUGAAUGAUUAGGAGCUGGCAAGCCGACAGGUUCCAAUCGGGGUUAUGACGCUAUGUGUUGAUCUUCGGUCUGGUUUACUGGUUGCCGAAUCAAUGAUCCAUUGAUGCGGAGAAAAUAGCGUAUGAGGGGUAAC